UUCGACUCGAAGAAGAGCCGUUCUUCCGGGAAAAUGGCGACUCCCGCCCGUGCCCCGGAGUCGCCUCCGGCUGCGGAUCCGGCACCCGCCGUGGGGCCUGCGGAGGAAGCCGACUGCCCGGCGCCGCCUCGCCAGCCUCAGGUCCCGCAGAAUGUCCUCGCUGCCCCGCGGCUUCGAGCCCCCAGCUCCCGAGGACUUGGGGCCGCGGAGUUUGACGGAGCUGCGGGAGAUGUUGAGGCGCCAGGAGAGACUUUUGCGCAACGAAAAAUUCAUUUGCAGAUUGCCCGACAAAGGUAAAAAGGUCCUUGGCACUGUUGCCAAACUGAAAGCUGCCAUUGCGGAACGUGAAGAGGUUAGAGGGAAAAGUGAACUGUUUCAUCCUAUUAGUUUAGACUAUAAGCUAAGGCAAAAAGCGAUUGCAGGAGUUGAUGUGGAUGUAGAUAAGCCCCAGAAUUCUGACCAAAUACUUGAUACUUCAUCACCAGUUCCUGGCUGUUCCCCCGUGGAUAGCAUCAGGUCAUCUGAAACAAGCUCAGAAAAGCAGGGGCUUGUGCAUCCUGCUCACAAAGGUAGUGAAGACACUCCGGAGGCUGAGCACACAGUGAGCAAGGGCCCUGUUCCCAGUGGCAGAGCCAAGGGACCUUCCUCAUCUGGGUCUAUCGAGCAUCUCCCCCAGCACUCUGCUGCAGAUCGCGACAUUUCCUUCAGCCUCGACAACCUGCUUAUUGACAGUUUACAAAGAAUUACACUUGCAGAGCAAGGUGAACUCCAUUCGGAAGAAAACCUGAGUGCUGAGAACUCAACAGACCUUUGCAGUGGGACUCCUAAGAAGCCUCAUUACAUGGAAGUGCUAGAAAUGCGAGCCCAAAACCCAGUGCCCCUGCCACAUAAAUUUAAAACCAACAUGUUGCCAUCACAGAAGAAUGACCCAAUUGGUCAUUGUCAGAGGGGAGAACCCCCCAUUUCCUCAGAGGAGCGGCGGCGCAGGGAUAAGCAGCAUCUUGAUGACAUCACUGCAGCGAGACUCCUACCACUUCACCAUUUGCCUACACAGCUGCUGCCUAUAGAGGAGUCUUUGGCUCUUCAGAAACAGCAGAAACAGAGUUAUGAGGAGAUGCAAGCGAAGCUCGCAGCACAAAAAUUAGCUGAAAGACUGAAUAUUAAAAUGCAGAACUAUAAUCCAGAAGGAGAGUCUUUGGGGAAAUACCGAGAAGUAAAGGAUGAAGAUGCUGAGCAGUCCUCUGAUGAUGGAUUCUGAAGAUGGGCACUGGAAUAAUCUAAACCUCCAACUGUCGAGAUGCUAUUUAUCUUACAUCAAACUUCCCAACAAGUAUCAAGAUCAGUGUCAGACAUUGAGGGGAAAAUCUCAUAAAGUUACACAAAGGUAGCUACAAUAGAAAGCCCAUUGAUCUUUCAGAAGCUGAUUUUUACGUGUUUGAAAAGUUUAAUAUCUGAGUAUUGUGUUUAACCACAUUGUAUUAAAGUUUUGCAGUAUGUUGUGCACUUGUCUGAUACUUUAGUAUGUAGUAAAGCACAUUGGUGGUUUUGUUUCCUUUAAGUCAAAUGAAAGCAGAUUGUUUUGCUUUUUCCUUAUUCUUACCUCUAUUCAUUGGCAUUAUUACAUGUCUUUCAGUGUAAUGUUUGGUUGUUCCAGGCACCAAAAAUGAGUUAGGAAGAAGUGGUUCCUUCCUUUUUUGUAAUGAAAAGAGCAGUGGAGGGAAUUGUAGGCAUGUUUUCUUGGAAUUAGUGAGAUGUGGGUGUGAAAUGCCCCAGAAAGUACUCAUAGAAAACACUCCACAAAUGUUUGUCUCCUCCUGUCAUCUUAGGAAGACUGUUCUUUCUCUUGCUUAUGAAUAAGAAGCGAUUUGAAGAGAUUCUGGAGGAGGGUGGAGAGUCUUUCUAGAGGACUAGAUUUGCCUGCAGUAACUGAAGGGGCUGCAUUGGGAGUGUCUAGGGUUCACCUGACCCAAUUUCUUUGCCUACACAGAUGAUAGUUCCAUGCAUAGAGUUUCGUGUUUGGUAAGGAAAGCAUUUAUUUUAAAGUUAAUUGUCAGCACAUCACUUGUAUUCCCCCAAAGAGGCUUUUAUAGGCUGCAGAAACUUCUAUCUCAUAUAUGUACAUGUCGUUUUAAAUGAUUAUAUAUGGUUGUCUCCAGAGAAAUUAACACAUUAUCAGAAAAUUCGUUGUCUAUUAUGUGGAAUCUUUAAAAGUAUUGAAAAG